AUGCGAUCAAAUUUUCUGUGUCUUUCAUCUAUAUUAUCCAUUAUAUUGUUCUUUUUUAAAAGUGCAUCGUGCAACCAACAUUUGGAUUCGAAUAGACGAGAAAUACUCGAACUGCAUACAAAAUACAGACAGGAUUUGGUUGAUUGUAAAGUUGAUGGACAACCUCCAGCUAAAUAUAUGUCACCAUUGAAAUGGAAUUACAAUCUGGCUGCACAAGCACAAAAAUUGGCGAACAAAUGCAUCUUGCAACACGACAAACGUCAUUCGGAUGAAUUCUCUUGGGUUGGACAAAAUAUUGCUCUCCAUCCAACCAUUAAGUCAGGAGUAGAUGCUUGGUUCAAUGAGCACAAAUUAUACGACUACAAUCAAAACAACUGCAUGAAAUGUUUGCAUUACACACAAAUGGUUUGGGCCAAGACCACAGACAUUGGAUGUGGUGUUGCGAGUUGUCCAACGUACGGUCUAUCAAUCGUGUGUAAUUAUGGUCCAGGUGGUAAUUGGAAUAAUGAGAAACCAUAUGAAUUGAAAUCACGUGAAUUGUGCCCAAAAAUGCAGAAUAUUCGUAAAGACAGUUUUCAAAUGAUGCGUGAUGAUACACCGCGUGCACCAUUAUCAAAAGUGAAUGUCAACCACAAGUUGUCAUCGAUCGGUUCAAGUGAAGGUUUAGUUAACGAUCAACCCUCCACAGGCGUGCAAAGAACGUUGGAUUCGAAUAGACGAGAAAUACUCGAACUGCAUACAAAAUACAGACAGGAUUUGGUUGAUUGUAAAGUUGAUGGACAACCUCCAGCUAAAUAUAUGUCACCAUUGAAAUGGAAUUACAAUCUGGCUGCACAAGCACAAAAAUUGGCGAACAAAUGCAUCUUGCAACACGACAAACGUCAUUCGGAUGAAUUCUCUUGGGUUGGACAAAAUAUUGCUCUCCAUCCAACCAUUAAGUCAGGAGUAGAUGCUUGGUUCAAUGAGCACAAAUUAUACGACUACAAUCAAAACAACUGCAUGAAAUGUUUGCAUUACACACAAAUGGUUUGGGCCAAGACCACAGACAUUGGAUGUGGAGUUGCGAGUUGUCCAACGUACGGUCUAUCAAUCGUGUGUAAUUAUGGUCCAGGUGGUAAUUGGAAUAAUGAGAAACCAUAUGAAUUGAAAUCACGUGAAUUGUGCCCAAAAAUGCAGAAUAUUCGUAAAGACAGUUUUCAAAUGAUGCGUGAUGAUACACCGCGUGCACCAUUAUCAAAAGUGAAUGUCAACCACAAGUUGUCAUCGAUCGGUUCAAGUGAAGGUUUAGUUAACGAUCAACCCUCCACAGGCGUGCAAAGAACGUUGGAUUCGAAUAGACGAGAAAUACUCGAACUGCAUACAAAAUACAGACAGGAUUUGGUUGAUUGUAAAGUUGAUGGACAACCUCCAGCUAAAUAUAUGUCACCAUUGAAAUGGAAUUACAAUCUGGCUGCACAAGCACAAAAAUUGGCGAACAAAUGCAUCUUGCAACACGACAAACGUCAUUCGGAUGAAUUCUCUUGGGUUGGACAAAAUAUUGCUCUCCAUCCAACCAUUAAGUCAGGAGUAGAUGCUUGGUUCAAUGAGCACAAAUUAUACGACUACAAUCAAAACAACUGCAUGAAAUGUUUGCAUUACACACAAAUGGUUUGGGCCAAGACCACAGACAUUGGAUGUGGAGUUGCGAGUUGUCCAACGUACGGUCUAUCAAUCGUGUGUAAUUAUGGUCCAGGUGGUAAUUGGAAUAAUGAGAAACCAUAUGAAUUGAAAUCACGUGAAUUGUGCCCAAAAAUGCAGAAUAUUCGUAAAGACAGUUUUCAAAUGAUGCGUGAUGAUACACCGCGUGCACCAUUAUCAAAAGUGAAUGUCAACCACAAGUUGUCAUCGAUCGGUUCAAGUGAAGGUUUAGUUAACGAUCAACCCUCCACAGGCGUGCAAAGAACGUUGGAUUCGAAUAGACGAGAAAUACUCGAACUGCAUACAAAAUACAGACAGGAUUUGGUUGAUUGUAAAGUUGAUGGACAACCUCCAGCUAAAUAUAUGUCACCAUUGAAAUGGAAUUACAAUCUGGCUGCACAAGCACAAAAAUUGGCGAACAAAUGCAUCUUGCAACACGACAAACGUCAUUCGGAUGAAUUCUCUUGGGUUGGACAAAAUAUUGCUCUCCAUCCAACCAUUAAGUCAGGAGUAGAUGCUUGGUUCAAUGAGCACAAAUUAUACGACUACAAUCAAAACAACUGCAUGAAAUGUUUGCAUUACACACAAAUGGUUUGGGCCAAGACCACAGACAUUGGAUGUGGAGUUGCGAGUUGUCCAACGUACGGUCUAUCAAUCGUGUGUAAUUAUGGUCCAGGUGGUAAUUGGAAUAAUGAGAAACCAUAUGAAUUGAAAUCACGUGAAUUGUGCCCAAAAAUGCAGAAUAUUCGUAAAGACAGUUUUCAAAUGAUGCGUGAUGAUACACCGCGUGCACCAUUAUCAAAAGUGAAUGUCAACCACAAGUUGUCAUCGAUCGGUUCAAGUGUAAGUAGAGUUCACUACCAACGCAUACAAGGUCAACCUAUUUCUAUAAAUAAUUUUCAACAUAGUCGUCGUAAUACACAGCGUAAAUGGAGUUCCGGAACGAAAGCUUUACACAAGUUUUCAAAGAGCGUUCGUUGUGUAAGUGGACAUGGCAAUGAUCAAAGACAGCAAAAUUGUAGAAUAGUACGAUACUGA